AUGCCCACGGACCCAAUGAAAUUCGCUAUGUGGCUCAUGCUGGUGACCUUGUUGUCACAGUCUGCCCACGAGGCUCAAUGCAGCAGGCGAGGGAGACGCAGCCUUCUGGAGCUGGGUCUCACUCUGUGGUGUUACCGGCAGAGACUGCGGACCCCGCUGUUCGCUCUCAACCUGUAUGGGUGCUAUUGUGGAACCGGGGGCUCCGGGACACCCCUAGACGCAGUGGACCAGUGUUGCUUCCUCCAUGACUGCUGCUACCGCCACGCCAGGGUCUCCUUAGAGUGCCGGGGGAGAGUGAAGUGGCAGCCCUAUGAGUUUGCGUGUAGCCAAUCGGGGACAGAGUGCCGCUCUCAGAGCGUCUGCGGCAGGAUGGCCUGUGAGUGCGACAGGCAGUUUGCAGAGUGUCUCACGGCAGCAAAGCCCAGGAAGAGGCAUUUCUUCUACAACAGGCAAGAGCUAUGUGCCGGUCCGAAAGGCUCCUGCCCGGCCACCUUCCCCAACAAGGCCGAAAUCCUGCACUGGAGAAAGACGCCUUCCCCACCCCCUCCAGGCACUGGCUCUCAGAGCAAGGGCUCUGCGCUGGGAGCCAGGGACGGAAACCCCUCCCUGUGA